AUGUCUUCCACACCGACGGUGUCAGAGGAUCAUCUUUCUGAGCUGCUUUUACAACUGAAAAAAACCUCCCCUGCACAAGCAAGAGCAAUCCUGAAUGCCCAGCCGCAAAUCGCAUACGCGCUUAUUGGUAUAAUGAUCAAAAUGAAUGCCAUCAACGUUGAGGUCUUUCAGCAAACACUAGCUUCCUAUGGUGCGGGACAGGGUUCACAACAGAACGGAGCGUCGACAAUGUCUGCAAUACCGGCAGCGGCACCAGCACCUACAACAGUUCCUUCGGCGCCACCUCCCACUGCCAUUCCUCCCCAUUUGAGUGCGCACCAGCACAGCCGUAGCAACACCCCACAAUACUCGACUCCUCCGCCGACACAUACUCAGUCAGAUAGCCACCACGGAACACCACUUCAGCCAGGUCGACCUGCACCCCAGACGGCCCCAGUGCUUCCGGACGCGUUUGCAGCCAUACCAGAAGAGCAGAGGGCUGUGAUUAUGCAGGUGUUAGCUAUGACUCCUGAGCAGGUCGCCCUGCUACCACCGACUGAACGGGCGAAUAUCAUGCAGCUGCGCGCAUCGUUGGGUCUUCCAUAGCAUUCUACGACGAGCGGGUAUCGCAGCUAUGCGUGCGACAGGGAGUGGCUUGAGUGUGAUUCACAGUAUGGUAGCUUUCGUGGUUGUAUUACAAUACAAGCCUACGUAGCAGGCUAGUCGACCAUGACACCUCUUCCCCGGAGGUCACCCUUCGCUUGUGUGAUCUCACUCAGCAGCUCGGUAUACGCAUCCGUACAUUCCCUGAAUGUGUACAAGCCCUGCCCCAAUGUCCAAAGACUAUACGAACCAAAUGACACAAGCAGCCACCAGGGCAGCACGGGCAAAACCUGUUCUGUCUGAGCCUUGUCGACAAAAGGCACAGGGAUAUAUGAGAAGAAAGCCAACAAGUAAAAGAAGGUGAGGAUGCUGCUGCCGAUGGCGACGCGGGCUGCCCUGGUCAUUUUGAAGAGUGAUGUGAUGGC